CACACAACCUGCACUGGUGCGCUUCACUGACCAGUGACCAACUAAACCUAGCUGCAUCUUUUAGAACUUCUUCACCAUAAACAAUACAUCGGAACAAAAACGGAACGACACCAGAGAGGCUCCACACAGACAGUGCGAUGAACCACAACAAGACUGUUAACCAUAAUGUCAGUCCGCCAGCUCCAAACAGCGGCUCCGGGAGCAGCGUGGACGAGCUGGUUAUCACCUCCACUUUUGGGACCUUGUUGUCGGUCGUCUACAUAGUCGGCGUGUCGGGGAAUGUGUACACUCUAGUAGUGAUGUGUCAUUCUAUCCGCUUCGCCACCUCCAUGUACAUCUCCAUCAUUAACCUAGCGCUAGCGGACCUCUUGUACCUCUCCACAAUCCCGUUCGUGGUGUGCACCUACUUCCUCAAGGACUGGUACUUCGGAGAUGUGGGUUGCCGCAUCCUCCUCAGCCUGGACCUGCUCACCAUGCACGCCAGCAUAUUUACCCUCACUGUGAUGUGCACGGAGCGCUACCUGGCCGUCACCAAGCCCCUUGACACGGUACGGCGCUCCAAGAGCUACCGAAAAGCCCUGGCCUGGGGGGUAUGGCUGCUUUCUCUGGUCCUCACCUUACCCAUGAUGGUCAUGGUCACAGAGACCACUAAGAGCGCGCCCAACGGGGGGGUGAAGAGGAUGUGCGCGCCCACCUGGGCGCCCCGGGCGUAUAAGAUCUACCUGACCGUUUUGUUUGGCACGAGCAUCAUGGCACCUGGGUUGAUAAUCGGUUAUUUGUAUACGAAGUUAGCCCGGACUUAUUUAGAGUCCCAGAAGAACUCGGUCAUCAACAAAAGGAACAAGCGCUCCCCGAAGCAGAAAGUCUUGGUAAUGAUUUUCACUAUAGUUCUGGUGUUCUGGGCGUGUUUCCUUCCGUUCUGGAUAUGGCAACUGUUCCCGUUGUACCAGCACAAACCGUUAGGCCUGGCAUCUCACACACACACCUGUAUUAACUACCUGGUGGCCUGUCUCACCUACAGCAACAGCUGCAUUAACCCCUUCCUCUACACCCUCCUCACCAAGAACUACAGGGAAUACCUGAAGAACAGACACAAGAGCUUCUACCGCUACACCUCGUCUUUUAAGCAGCGCGCUCCCAGCUUGUAUUCCUGCGGGAAGUCGGCCUCCUCCUCGAAUCAGUUUGAGUUGAACUCGGAGACGCUGGUGAUGGGGACUCUGCAGGGACAGUGAGCCCGUGCAAAGAGAGAG